UAAAACAUUUAAAAAAAGUAAUACUCUGUAAUCCAAGCACAACCUAAAAAACAGUUUGAGGAAUAAACUGCUUUUACCAGAAAGGUAUUCAAAUCAGUUCAAACUAUGAAAAUACGUAUUCAUAUUAAAUACGUCACUGACCAAAAACACCGACUAUUGUGAAAGGGCGGAGGAAGUUUCUGUGACAGACAAAAAAUAAGUGAAAACUAAUUUCUACAAAGAUCUGGAUUUAUUAAAUUAAUCAUGAAUGGCCCAACAAAAAUGUAUCGUAUGAAGCCAAUUGUUGUGCACGAUUUUGCAGUCGAGUUACCGAAGUGUAUGUACCGUAUGAACAAUAUUCACAGCUCAAGAAAUAAGGCUGAUGGCACUGAAGAUCACGUUUCUUUACCGAAUCAAAAAUUGGAUAUUUUCGACCAGGUUAAACAGUUUUUAAAGAAUAGCCAAGGUAUUCCAGGGAUGGCAGAGUUAGAGGCUAAACAAAAUGACAUCCUAAAACAGCUCGAACAGUUGAAGAAACAAAUUCAUUCAUUAAAAUGUGACUUAAACAUCCAAAAUGAUACGAGUUCAAAAGUAAUUCCAAAAGUGGCACAAUGUACAGCUAGUAAACGUACUAAAAACAACAUUCCUAGCACUAUCGUGAUCAAUGCUAAUCCAGACUCACCACCCUAUUCACUAGAAAUUCUUCAAAGACUGUUGCAAAACCAAAUCGCAUUAGUUGUUACGUCCUAUUUACAUUCGACAAUUGCUUCUCUACCAGAUCAAGCUAAUGUUCUGAAAUCAUCCCUAGAAAAUUUCAAAUUGCCAGCUGUAGUACCCGUAGUAAAUGUUUCUCUAAUUUGGAAAAACAUUAGUUCAAAUGUCGAGUUCCUCAUUGCGCAUACUCCUAUCUCCGGCGAAGUGAACUUCCUGCGCUACCUUUCGCGAUCGACAGACACCCAACUUAGCUACGAUUCCGACGUCAAAUCCAACGAAAUAGACUCGCUCCUGGAUCAGUGCUACCUGUUGGUGAGGGCGAAAACGAAAACCGAACGCUCCGAAAUCUUGCAGACUCUGCAAAAGUCGCUGAGCAAGUCGCAGUGGUUGGCCGGUAGAAGCCAGCCCAGCGUGCUCGACGUUGCCGCUUAUUCCGCCGUCAGGCAAUGCCACCUGGCGAAGGACCUCAACGUGGGAUUGGGGAAGUGGUAUGAAAGAAGCCAGGCGCUGGUCACUUCGUGAACGGUUUCGAGAAUAUUUUUAAUAUAAGCUUUAAAAGGAA